AUGUCACAGUCCACGAACAACACAGAAGAUGUACGCAUCCUGAGUCUAGAUGGCGGAGAUGGCCGCUGUAUCUCACAGCUCUACAUUUUACGAGAGUACAUGCAUCGUAUUAGCCAUGAUCUCAAUCACGAAGUUUCUCCAAGCGAUCAUUUUCAUCUCAUUACAGCCGUUGGACCAGCUGGUGUGAUUGCAAUACUUCUUGGAAUUCUUAAGAUGUCCGUCGACGAUACUAUCGCCACGUUUGCUCGUAUCUGCCAGGAAGUGUACCCAGUCGAGGGCAUGGACGCAGUCUCCCGGUCAGCAAAACUCCGCGGGGUACUGACUAGCAUCCUCAAGGAGCAUGACAUCGACCCGAACGUCCUGUUGAGUCAGGUUGGAGGGACCAAUAUCUGUCUGGGCUAUUCGUCUACCUCGAGCAUGGCGACUUGGAGGGCAUUCCGCAACUAUCCGAGCCGACAAUACUCCUAUGAACCCCCGCUCAUCGAUGCCAUCUGCGCCUGUUGGGCUAUCACGGGUCUCUUCCAAGCCAUUGCAGUCGGAAGCGAGGUGGAAAAGGAUGAUGCAAUCAGUGCGGAAGCCGCAUAUCCGAAUCCUACGGUUCAAGCGGUCCAAGAGGCCAGUGAAAUCUAUGGCGCGGACAAACAUGUUGGGCUGCUUUUAAGCCUUGGGUCCGGGAUGUCCUCUCGCAUAGUCCCUGGAGGCGAAUUCAAGCUCAUUCAAACCGAGGUUACCUCUCGCGAGCUCGAACGCCGCUUCGGGACGACUGGCGUCUACUAUCGUCUUAGCGUUGUGCCCAGUCUUGCCGCCGCAACCGAGAUGACACAGGAGAUCGUCGGUGUCAUAUCCGCUCACACCUCGGACUAUUUACAAAAUCCGGUGACGGAUCGACUGCUCGAUCAGGUGGCUAAAACGCGUUCUAGGGCCAGUCGCUUCACGCUAAGAAGCAUGUCGGAAACGACGGCUCCACCAAAGGUUUCGAUGGCCGGUCUCCCACCCCUCUCGCCUUACUUUGUCCAAAGAGAGGUGCCAAUGAAUCAUAUGGAUGUGGCUCUUCUCUGUUCCGAGGAAAAAAUGCGACAACGGCUAUCGAUUAUCACUGGAAUGGGAGGCUCGGGAUCCGACCUGAGCAGUGCGCUCAAGGCUCUUUCUGAGCCAAAUGAAAUGAUCACUACCAGAUGGUGCCUCAUCUUCGACAACGCGGACGACUCGGAUCUGGAUAUAACUUCCUUCCUUCCGACAUGCGACCACGGCGCUAUCAUUAUUACAACUCGUAACGCCCAACUCGAAUUUAUCUCGCCGGAGGGCCACAUAGCCCUCGAAGUGAUGAACAAAAGCGAGGCAUGCGAUGCACUUUUGGCCUCCGCACUUGGGCCGACCGAGAAGCAUACUCCGCGCCAAAAAGAGCAAGCUAUGGCAAUUGUGAAGGAGUUCGAAUACCUUCCAAUCGCCGUUGUUCAAGCAGGAUGUUACAUUCGCAAGCACAAAUGCUUGGAGACAUACCUCAAGCGACUCGAGACGAGUCGUUCCGAGCUUUUGAAACAGACGACGGUUCAGCGGGACAAGCUGAGAUACAAACACAGCGUCUACGCAGCAUUUGACACUUCUCUGUCCUCGUUGUCCGAGCGUGCUCUUGGCCUCCUUUCGAUCCUGUGCUUCUUUCAUUAUACCGGAUUUCCUCGAUCAAUGAUCGGCCUCGCGGCCUCGAAAAAUUUUUCAUAUGAGGAGCACCAGCUCAUGGAUCGAGGCUCGGAUUUCCAAGAGUCCGUCGAUCUCCUUCGUCGGCUUAUAGUCCCAACUGGGAGGUUUGAGGAGAUUGAGCUGGACCAAAUCAUCGAAGAACUUCAACAGCUGUCAUUAAUCACACUUGUGUCACUCUACUCGGAUAUACGACUGCGCUUUCACCCCCUCUUACAUGCGUGGGCAUAUGAUCGCCAAAGUGCGGAAGAGAACCGACGGAACAAGGCUGCGGCUCUACGACUGCUGACCUGUGUCGUGGAUCAGAAUGAUGCCGUAGACAUCGAGCCAGAGCUCUACCCACAUGCGCGUCGUUUUGUUUCCGAGAUCGACACACCCUCUAAGCUCAGAACCUGGGAGCAAAUUUAUGAAAUAGUACGCACUGCCCAUGGGGAUGAGGAUCUCCGAACCAGCGAUGCACUUAUUGGUUUUGCUUUGGGACUUGAGGCUAUCCCCGAUUACCCCAAGAUGGAGCGGCUUCUACGUGGAGUCCUGGAAUUGCGAAGAUCGAUUAGUGGGCCAAAGACUGCCCUCACCGCUGAGGCUAUGUACUGGCUGGCAACUUGCCUUGGGAAUACAAAGGACGGGCUCAAAGAAUCAUUGGAUUUAUUGCGUGCGGCAUAUGAUAUUCAAGUUGAAGUUCUUGGGGUUGAUCAUAUUCAAACCCAGUGGACCAUGAUAUCCCUGACAGAUGUUUUAUUGAGUCGACAAGAAAACUACAGUGAAGCCCGCCCCAUCUUGGAGGAGCUUCUGGACAUACGGAUCCGGUUGUAUGGGUCUCUUCACUCACGGACCCUCGACACUGCCAAAGCUUUGGUCGAAUGCUACGCUUUCAUGGGGGUGAAAAAGGAAGGAAAACUCGACCAUUUGCUUCAGAUCUAUUAUGAAGGCAGCGAUAAGGACCGAAAUUAUGACGUUGCCGUUCUAGCUUUCCAAGGUCAUAUGCAUGAACUACAAGGCAAAUAUCAGGAAGCUGAAGACGCUUAUCGAGAAUCGCUUGAGGCAAACAGUCGCCUCUACGGUCAGCUUUCAAGGCUCACUCUUUAUGCCGUCUUGGAUCUAGCCAAUAUUCUCUGGAAGCAAAAUAGAAACACAGAGCUAGAAACACUACUCAGGCGGUAUGCUAGGACUGAUGAACUACAAGGAAUAGGGCGACUUCCGCUCCUGAGGAUACUGCAGAUACUCGGCUCUUGCCUCAAUUCUCAAUCAAGAUAUGUUGAAGCACAGAAAUUUCUCUCAGAGGCCCUUGACGGGAUGGUUCAACUAUAUGGGGAAAUGCACUUUGCUACGCAUAGCAUGCGUCGAUCGCUUGCCAAUUGCCACUUUAAGCAGAAGCACUAUGACGAAGCAGAACUGCUCCAUCGUAAGAACAUGGAAUGCAUCAAAGAAGCACAAGGAGAGGAGCAUACCAACUAUAUUCGUGCGCUUACAUGGUUGGCACGAUGUAUUUAUGAGCAGAAGAAGUUCGAGGAGUCGGAAAAACUCUGGAAGGACAUCUACCUUCGUAUGACCAUACUCCUGGGGCCAUACCACCCCGAGCCAUGUACAGCUCUCUCCUGGCUGAUCGAAUGUCUACAAAUGAGGGAGCUUUUCGACCAAGCGGCGUCUCAUAUUCCCGAAAUGAUGCGGGUUUACCGUAUUUUGGAUGGUGGAGAAAAGAGUCAGAUCUUGCUCGCACAUCUGAGAGUUGGGAAGGUACUGGAGAGACAAAGGAUGUUCACCGAGGCAGAGGAAGUCUUUCGGGCCCAUAUAACGUGCGUCAAAAAGUUUCACGGAGAUGCCGGGCCAGACUCCGCGCGAGCGUUGGAUAACUUGGCCAGGGUGCUGUUCGACCAAGGCCGAUAUGACGAGUCAAAGACCAUUCGCGAGGACCAAAUGAGACGUUGGAGUGAGCUACAGGACAAGAAGGAACAAGAAUUUAUCUCUGAAAAGCUGCAGCAGAUCGAGGUGGCUUUCGUCCCCGCCCUCGGUCGAUCCGUAGCUAUCAUCUGUGCCUUGUACCAAAAACUAUGA